AUGGGGGCUUUGUACAGAAGCCACCGCCUGAGAUCCCAUGUGGAUUCUACGACGGUUGUGGAGAUGGUCGUGCAAUGUCCCACCUCCUGGAUCCUGGCGGGCCUCAUGGUCUUCCUUCUGUCGGGUGUGGUGACCUCUUGUCCGGAGUUCUGCAGGUGUUACGGGACCCUGAUGCAGUGCUUGGAGCCCAACACUAUCAGCAACAUCUCGCUCUUCAGAGACGUGGAGAACAUCACGGAAGCUGUGAUCGAAAACCAGAAGGACUUGUUGAACCUAACUCAGAUGGACAUGAAGAACUUCAGAGAGCUGAAAAAUCUGACCAUUUCGAACACCGGCUUAAAGUACAUUUCUGAAGACGCUUUUCACAUGAAUCCGCGAAUGACUCACAUCAACCUAUCUUCUAACUCCUUGGUCUCGCUGUCUUGGAGGACAUUUCAUGGUCUACCUCUACAGGAGUUAGUCCUGACUGAGAACCCAUUCCAGUGCUCCUGUGAAGUGCGGUGGAUUCAGUUUCGUAGAGAAGAAGGUUGGGCUGAUCUUGGAAACCAAUCCUUAAGCUGCUGGAAAUAUGGGGUGGAGAUUUUUAUAGAAGACGACAACAUCUCGAACUGUGAUCGUCCAGAUGUCUUCAUUGCAGAGCAAAAUCUGACAGUUCUUUAUGGGGACAACCUGACCCUUCAGUGUAAUGUAGCUGGUCAGCCUACACCAACGGCUACCUGGAUUUUACCAGAUCUGAACGUUCAAUUUGAAAUUGAGCAGUCUGAUGGUCCUGAUAUUGAGAUCUUCUUGCAUAUUUUCAAUAUCUCUUCCGGAUUCAACAAGCGUGAUGUCAGCUGCUGGGCUGAGAACAUGGCUGGUCCCACCAAAAAGUCAGUUCAGAUAGAUGUCCACUUUUCUGCAGUAAUUAUUGACUUGGGCGAGGUGAUUCAUCAACAUCACUCCUGCAUCCCUUAUACAAUAGAUGGGAACCCUGCCCCGGAGGUCAGCUGGCAGUUAAAUGGAGAGACCCUAUUCAUGAACACCUACAUAUACACAAGGCUGCUUGAGUACAGAGAAAACGGGACCCUAAUCCAUGGCUGCUUGUACUUUAAUAACCCAACGCAUGUCAAUAAUGGCAAUUACACGCUACUGGUGAGGAACCGGCUCGGGGAGGACAGCAAGAGUGUCUACAGUAUCUUUAUGGAUAAUCCAUUUAAAUUUGACCCGGAAGAGCCCAUUCCAGUGUCGCUGUCUCCAUCUGGCGGAGGCAAUAGCACGUACGUGAACCCAGUGGAGACGGUGGACGACAACACAUUUGGGGUCUCUGUGGCUGUAGGCUUGGCUGUCUUUGCCUGCCUGUUCCUUCUCAUCAUGCUGAUUGUACUUAAUAAGUGUGGAAGACAUUCGAAGUUUGGAAUCAACCGGGCAGCAGUCUUGGCGCAAGAGGAUGACUUGGCCAUGUCUUUGCACUUCAUGAAUUUUGGCGGCAGUCCAUUCACCUCUGCUGAAGGAAAGCUGGAUGGAAGCAAGCACAAUUUCAUUGAGAACCCGCAAUACUUCUGUGAUGCCUGUGUUCAACACAUCAAGAGAAGAGACAUUUUGCCCAAGUGGGAGUUGGGAGAAGGGGCCUUUGGGAAGGUGUAUUUGGCCGAGUGCUACAACCUGACCCCAGAUGAAGAAAAGACUCUGGUAGCUGUAAAGGCUCUUAAAGAAGCUACCGAGAUGGCCCGCCAGGACUUCCAGCGUGAGGCUGAGCUUCUCACAGUCCUUCAGCAUGAGCACAUUGUGAAGUUUUAUGGUGUCUGCACUGACGGGGAGCCACUCAUGAUGGUGUUUGAGUAUAUGAAGCAUGGAGAUCUCAACCGCUUCCUCAGAUCCCAUGGACCAGACGCCAAGAUUUUGGAUAACGGCAAUGGGCAACCAUAUGGCCAGCUCAACUUGACCCAGAUGUUACAAAUUGCCAGCCAGAUUGCCUCGGGCAUGGUUUACCUGGCAUCUCUCCACUUUGUCCACCGAGAUCUUGCGACAAGGAACUGCCUUGUGGGGAACCAUUUGGUUGUCAAAAUUGGUGACUUUGGGAUGUCCCGAGAUAUUUAUAGCACCGAUUACUACCGGGUCGGGGGUCGGACGAUGCUGCCCAUCCGCUGGAUGCCCCCUGAGAGCAUCUUGUAUCGUAAAUUCACCACAGAUAGUGACAUAUGGAGCUUCGGCGUGGUCCUCUGGGAGAUCUUCACCUACGGGAAACAACCAUGGUACCAGCUUUCCAAUACAGAGGCCAUUGAAUGCAUUACUCAAGGACGAGAACUUGAAAGACCAAGAACCUGCCCUACUGAAGUCUACACCAUCAUGCAAGGCUGCUGGCAGAGAGAACCUCAGCAGAGGCUAAACAUUAAAGAAAUCCACCGCAAGCUUCAAGCUCUAGUUAAGGCCCCGCCGGUAUACUUAGACAUUUUGCAGUAG